GAACGCACGUGACGUCCGGUGACAGACCGGCGGGCCGUCACACGCGUGUCAAACGACGAGAAAAUGGCCGCGAUGGCGUCGAAUUGACUUAUCGCACUUUAGUUAAGCCACUACCAGUUUCAGUUUUUAGUUUUUUAAAGGAAAAACCGCUCAAGGUAGUAUGCAGGCCGCAGAAGAUAACUCCAUCACUGUGGUGGAGUCCGCAGGUGAUAGUUUUGUGGACCCGAACCUAAACGAGAAGAACCUGGGCACCCAAUACAUAUACACCACCGAGGGACAGCUGAUUCCCACAUCAGAAGAUCCCUCGGGAACCAACUUGGAGAUUACUGGAGCACAGCACUAUAACACUGAACCCCAAAACAUUCAUAUAGAGCAGGUAGAUUAUCAGUAUGACGAGCAGUACUCCGCCAGUAGUACUGCGGUAGAAACGGUCGGCAAUGACGCUCAAUACAGCACUGUGGAAGUCCAAGAAAGCAGCAGCACCAUUAUCACACAAGUCACAAAAACAGUGGAAACUGUGACCGUGGAAGAAAUUCCAAAAGAAUCAGCGGAUACUGUAAAAGAGUCAGAACCUAAAGAAGGUUCUGUUAAAGAAUCAGAACCUAAAGAGGAUUCUGUAAAAGAGGCUAUCGAAGAAGAAGAAAAACUUUCCGAGGGUCAACUCUUGGAAACUUUAAAAGACAAUCCGAUAAUUGAGAUACAGCAGGACGAAAGUGUCGAGGAAAUUACUGAGGAACCCGAGGACACUUUGACCAUUGACGACUCCAAAGAGGAGGAGGAGGAGGAGGUAGUGGAGGCAGUGGAGCCUCCCCCAGAACCAGUGGUAGAGGAUACAAACAGAGCACAGAAAACCACUUUGGAAGACAGUGUUGUAGAGGGUACUGAGGAGCCUGUUGUCAACGGAAAGUCCUCUAAGCAACGCUUCGGGGCCAGAUUGGGGGUGAGAAUGCCCCCGAGGAACUUAACCAGUCGGAUCGUAUCCAGAUCGGAAAUCGAGAAUGAAAUAAUUGAGAGGGCAAGGAAAAAGGAACAAAGCAUACUGGAAGAGAGGAAACCUGUUGUAUUAAUUAAGAAACCUGUGGGGGUGAAAAAGGAUGUAAAAGGUGUUGAGGUGCCCAAGUUGAAGGAUGUUGACAAUAAUGCCAAUGAGGAGAAGAAGUCCAAUGGAAAGUCCAAAGGCACCAUUGAGGAUAACUCUGAUUUGCUGGCUAUUUUGGAAGGUAACGACGAGGUGGGGGACGUGAUGGCGGUAACCCCCGGGAAAUCCAACGCCAAAGAUUCUUCUCACACCGACGAGACCAACUUGAAAAACCUCGAGAGGGAAAUCGCGUUGCAACAACUGCACGAUCUGCCCUAUCUGGAGCCCAAAACCAAGAUCGUGCAACCCCUUAAAUAUAAGGAUUCCGCUCCGGAAAAACCCGCGAAAAUCCACAUAAUGUCCAGCAGCCCCAUUAAAUCCGAUAACGAGCCUCAAGUUAAAGUCAAUAUGACGUUAAAAACGUACUCGCGCAAACGUAAAUCGACGGAAAACGCCGCGCCGGAACCGCCGCUGAUCACCCCCUCGAAGAAAAUCAAGGAAAAACCCGCGGAAGUGAAACCGGUUCAGACCGGGGGCACCCCCGGGGACGGAAUCUACGUCACCAAGAGCUCGAGGGUGAUCAAGAAAAAGGUUAUCUGGGACCCUGACGAGUCCCCGCUGAAGCAGAAACCGGUUUUUAUGCCGAAACCCGCGUUUAGUCAACCUCAAACUAAAAGUGCCGUCGAGUCUCUGAAGAAACCGACGGCGGAGGUCAAGGCGAAGGAGGAAAAGGUCAGAAGUGUCGUUACGGACGUUAAGGCUAAAACCGAUAAAAAAGUGUCCAAAGAAAAGACACCUGUAAAAAAGACUGUAGUAGUGCCGAUAGAGAAGAAGAAGCCCGUACAAGUGGAAAAAAGGGCCAGUCUGAGUAUCCAAGGGAAACCGAAACCCAAAAAACCGAAAUCCGAGGUGGAUCGUCUUCUGGGGGACGAGGGGGCCAUCAAGAUGCUCUACGAGUUGAAGGCGGACAAGAAACAGGAACAAACCAACGAACAAAAGGGCGGCGUCAUUCGGGUGGACAGGACGUUCAAGGAGUUGGCCAAGAAGGCUCAUCAAAUAAAGUCGGACUUGGUAAACACCUCGUCCGCAGAAACGCCGAAGAAUUUACGUAAAAAAGAAGCGAAUUUGUCCCCUUCGAAGGCCUCUCCUAUGUCUCCCGUGCCUGCGAGCAUAAAAAGGCAAAAAUCAAAAGACUCCAUAAGGAGCAACACCCCUCCCCGAUCUCCAGGCAGCUUUUUCAAUAACGAGGCGUAUCUGAUCAGGCGGAGAUCGAGUAGCUCCAUGGAGAGUGGCGACGACCUCGACACCACCGGAGGAAGCGUCGAUUACGAAGACUCCGAAGAAUGGUACGAUUCGUCGGAUUCAGAGAUUAUCGUGUCUUUUUCGAAAAAGCAUCCGAUCACGCCGUCCGAGGACCCGCUCAUGACCAAACCGCUUAAAACGCCGAAAAGGGCGCAGAAAAAAGCAGCGGAAAUCAAGCAGGGCCAGUACAGGACGUUCAGCCUGAAAAGGGGCAAUAAGAGCAUCACCAUUGAGCUAUACAGCUUCAGCACUAAUUAUUAUUUUACUUCGGAGCUUUUAAAUGAACUGACUGCGGCCCUGACCAAAGCCUCCAAAGAACCGGAUUGUUUAGUGGUCCUGAUAAAAUCGAGCAACAGUUCGGUGUUCAGUAAAGGUCUGGACUACAGCGAGCUGAUAUCCGAGAAGGAGGCCGUGAGGAAACAUCAGGCGACCAAAAUGGCCCAAAGUGUCAAGAGUUUCCUGGAAUGUCUCGCCGGUUUCGGGAAGGUCCUGAUCGCAGGAGUCCAAGGGGAUUGUGCUGGAUUAGCGGUGACGAUGUUGCCGCUCUUUGACGUGGUGAUAUCGAGCGACGACGCCAGAUUUAGUGCGAAUUACGUGAGGUUAGGGUGCGUUCCGGAGGCCGGGUUCUUGUUGGAACCGCCGUUCGUGCAAAACGGAUUGAUGGGCCGAAUGGUGUUGGCCAACGAAAAACUGACCGCGGACGAGGCUUGCAGGAAAGGCCUCGUUUCGACCCUCUGUUGGCCGGAAAAGUACCAUGACACAUUAAAAUCCACCGUGGCGGAUGCCGCGGCCGAGGCGACACCACAGAGCGUAAAAGCGAUAAAGGGGGCCGUCGUGCGACGAAAGUUUCAACAAGCGAAGGAGGAACUGGACCGGAUGCCCCAAAGUCUGAUCAAGGAGUGGAUUAGCGACCGGUGUCAGGAGAAUUUUAAAAAUUUGAACUCGGUUUAGUUGAAAAUGGUACAAAAAAUUUGUUUUGUGUUUUUUUUUUCGUCGGUUUAAACCAGGAAUCACUAUUUUUUAUAUGGAAAGAAAAAUCACUAUUGUAUCGUUCUUUUUUUAGUGUAGAAGGGCAUUUCUUCCGGACUGUCUCGUAUAAUAAUGACGUAGGGCACGUUUUUUUUUAAAAAGAAAAAUUAUAAAUAUUAAACCAAAAAUAGUGCAAUUGUGAAAACUUACUUUAAAAAGUACGUUUAUUGUUCGCAGGGUAAAGUAUACACACAAGGUCCUGUAUAUUUUGGGUUUCUUUUUUUUUUAAAUAAACGACAUAAAUUUAAUAAUGUACAGGGCGACAAAGAGGUCAUCCAUAUACCCUUUUUUACAUAACAAGGGUUUCUUUUAGACACCCUCUAUAUGUGGCCUCUCGUUAAUUUGUUGCCUCUAGGACAUAUUUUUAUUUACUGUUUAAGUUCUUUUUAUUAUUAUUAUAUUCUUAAUGUAAUUUAGUUAAUUUUUGUUCGAUUUCUAUUAAAAUGUUUCAAGUUUAGUGGUA